CUCACAGCGCGUGUACCUCAUAAAAGAUGUGUAAACGGGGUCGGGGUUCUCAGAUGUCCACUGUUAUACAACCCACAGAAGACCAAGACACAGCCGUGCAAGAUGGAACCAUUUUUAGGAAAAUGGCAAUCAUUGCCCCAAAAUAACGUAGAGUUUGGUGCGUUUUUGAAGGCAACAGGCAUGAGCCAGGAGCAGGUGGAGGGGUACCAGAAGAUGAACAGUGAGCACCCAGACAUCGUCACCUUAACCCAGGAGGGAGAUCAGUUCAAGACGCACACGGUGUGCGGACCCGUCGUCAUAGAACACACCUUCAAGCUGGGGCAGACGUUUGUGGAAACCAUGCCGCCAGAAAACAAACAGUGCAAGAUGACAUUCAACCUGGUGAACGGAGCACUGGAAGACGAUACAGAAAUGGAGGGAGUGAAAAUGAAACAUUCCAGGACCGUAUCAGGCGAUGACAUGACCAUGGUAAUGUCAGCUGGAGGAAAGUCUUGCAUUCGUAUGUAUAAACGAAUCUGAGAGACGCCGACCUUAGCGACAAUGUUUGACACUGAAGAAUAUUCUUGGCGCUGCAUAUCAUUAGAAUCUGACACAACAGCUUUGUUCUCUUUUAUUUCAUUUUUAUGUAAAUUUUAUUAUUCCUUUAUGCAAAACAGUAAAGUGAGCACUCAUUUAGCAGGAUAAAGUCUACUUUUCAAGUAGCAUUUUUUAGUACAGAUUUCUUUUAUUUAGAACAACUGUUACUGGAAUUUUGAUUUUUUUUCUCUGUGUAUCUUUUUUCUAAAAUAUGGAGAAAUACAUGCUAUUGUAGCAAAACAAUGAAUCUUGUUGUUCCUAACGUCAGAAACAUGCUAUAAAUUGCUAAUAUUUAUUUCGGUCCUCCAACAAUUCCGAGUAGAAAACCCU